GAACCCUCUGUCCAUCGUCAUGUUGUGUCUCGUCUACCUCUGCAACGUCGCUUCUUCUGCUCGGUUUGCCUCUUUCUUCGCUUCUCGUGCUUCUGCAACCGGCUGUUUCAAAGCUUUGACGGCCCCUUUACGCUGGAGAAAUUCCUCCCAUUCUGCUCCGGCGACUAAAGAGACCCAGCCAAAGAGCGAUAUAACCAACGAGCAAAAGCAGAGCUGGUCUGUGUUUGAUAAAUAUCUGCUACUAUCUGGCCUGCUGCCCCCAUCCUCCAAUUCUUCCUCUUCAUCCUCACCUCUGCCCUCCUGGAUCUAAGCAAAAUGGACAUUUUCCAGCAAGAGCGUCGUACCUACAAGUAUGUUCACCAGCGUUUCUAUUUGUUUGCCCAGUUGUAUAUUAGCUUUUUUUGCCAUGUUAUUUGCUCCAUUCCUUAAUUACUUGAUCCCCUUCUGGUGCUCUUUGCUAAUUCAUAUACUAACUACUCCCGGUUUUCAGAGUCUAUAACCAAGAUUUUACAAUUGACAAGCGAUUCCAGCUAUCCAAAGAAUUGGGC